UUAUACACCCGAUUCUUUUUUGCACGAGUUUGGUUUUUUUCUAUAACUCAGUCAAUUUUCAACCGAUUCUCAUUAAAUUUUGUACACAUGCAGGCACGAUUAGUACUAUCAGUACCAAUACUAUUACCUAGUACAUAAUUUCAUGAGAAUCGGUUCAAAAUUGACUGGAUUAUAGCAAAACGACCCGUUUCGUUUCGACCCUAUUUCCGGCACAGCACAACAGGCCAAAAAAAUGGUUCAUUUCCUAAAUUAACAACGAAGCAACCGUUUUCGUCCACUUCUUCCAUCUCAAUCAGAUACCUUAGGGUAGUGGGGGUAUUUUGGACCGGGCAGGUAUUUUGGCCCACCUAGAAAGAUUUAUCAUAUUUAUCAUAUAAUCUAUACUAAAUCUUGGUAAUUUUUUAUUGGAACACAGUAUUCAACUAUGGGGAAGAUUAGUAAUCCUACAUUAUAGACGAGUGCACCGCCCGCUGGAAGUUCACUCGGGCAGCGAAUUUUGACACCACAGCGGGGUCGACUCUCAACAAGUUCUACCCAGCAAAAUAUUUGUUUAAUUUUUUGCAACUGGUUUUCGCGAUGAAGUUGCAAAAAUAUGAGCUUAUGCAUUAACUAUAUGCAUAUGCAUCACUUUAAAUGGAAAUUCAUGUAAGAAAUCAAAGAAAAAAAUAUCAGCGCAUUUUGGUAAUGCAUCUCUGAGUAGAAGUUGCUGAGAGUCGACCCCGCUGUGCUGUCAAAAUUUUUCAGGCUUAGUGAACUCAAUGUUCAUCAGUGCACUCGUCUAUAGAGAUCUGCGGAGGCGGCCAUUGUAAGCCAAUCGUGCAGAAAGAACUGUCAAAGUGGUGAGCCAAAUGAACAGGCUGAUCGUUCGUAAGAAGGCGUCGAUUGAACGGUAUUGCAAUCCGAACUAAAUAAAUUAAAAUUAUUGAUUUUUAAUAUCGAGAAAUUGACGGUAUAUGUAAGUUUAGUAAAAAGAUAGAAUUUAAUUAAUUCUGCUUUCAAAAGCUCAAGCUUAUGACGAAACUUUUGUUGCUGCACUUCUCGAAAAAACUUUCAUUGCUGCUUCUUGCUUUAGUUCUGCCGAUAUGUUUAGCUUAACACUUUGCAAUAAAUUUCAGAUUUCAUCGAUUGCUCCGCUAUUUUUUUCAAAAUUUUGAAAAAAAAAUUCUAUCAUAAUUACAAAAUGUAAACAAAACAACUUGAACCACUACGAAGUCACGCACAAAGUUUGAACAUCUAGCUUUGCAGCAAGUGUUGGCAGCUGAUGCAAACAAAAUGAACAGCGUUGCCGAAUCGACAUAUGUAACUUCCGCUUAUCUCUAUGUAGAGGAUUUCUAGUCGGCAUGUAAUAUUUGUUUUGAGCACUUGUGCGGCUUCAGAGUGAAAUUGUAGCUCAUAGACUGUGGAUCCCGUUGCGGAAAUGUUGCGGGAGAUGAUUACCUACGGAAGUGCGUUUGGAAAAUAUGCGGCAAGUGAUAUUUUGAUUUGUUUUGCUGUGAGGUGCCGGACGCGGGUGCCGAAGUAGUUCGAGACCCUACAUAAUUUCAUGAGAAUCGGUUCAAAAUUGACUGAGUUCUAGCAAAAUAACGACCCGUGCAAGAAAAGAAUCGGGUAUAUAGUAGAACAGUCAGCAUUGAAGGAACAAUGGAUGAAAAUAUUCACUCCAGUUGUAGAGCAGUUGUUGCUACAGAUAAGAUACGACGUGAAAAGUAAACAAGUUGAACUCCGUUUGGGACCCGAAACGAAAGAUCCGUCUAACUUACAGAAAGCGGCAGAUUUUGUACGAGCUUUCAUGCUCGGUUUUGAGGUGGAAGACGCUUUGGCUCUGCUUCGUCUUGAUGAUCUUUUCAUCGAAUCUUUUGAAGUAAACGACGUAAAGAUGUUAAAAGGUAAGUUUACAAGAAUAUGUUUGUAUGCAAAGUUUGAUUUGUCUCAAUAGUGGCAUUUACACUUAUCAAUAAGUUGGUUCAACCAAGAGGCUCAAUCUUUCCUUUAACUUCAUCAAGAAACACAAUUUGAUGGAAAUAUUGCUAAAUGUAUUGCUUGCAUUUUUAAUGCGAAGAAGAUGGAUGAUAAUGUUGAAUCUUGAUAUAAACACUGACCCACAUGAACUGUCCUCGGACGCAUAAAUGUCACAUGUUAUAGCGCACCACUCCCAACGAUUUUACGUUCAAAUAAUACCAUUACCCUUAAACGAAACGGUUGGUACGGUUGUCCCCGUUUCUUCCUUCAUUCAAUUAAAAAAGGUUUGUCAAUCAUGUCAUUCAUAAGUGGAUAACCUGAUUGCCGAAAAACUUCGCCGAAGACCGCAACGUGAUCCGACGCUUGUGAAAAAAGUUAUUCGCUUGGUAACUUAGGCCAAAAAUUGAGAUUUUAUUAUUGAUUGAUAUUAUUCCUUUACAUGUUAAAUGUAGCACCACCGGGCAAUCUGUACGUUAUAACUUUUUUCCCAAGCGUCGGAUCACUUUGCACCAUUCCCAACGAUUUUACGUUCAAAUAAUACCAUUACCCUUAAACGAAACGGUUGGUACGGUUGUCCCCGUUUCUUCCUUCAUUCAAUUAAAAAAGGUUUGUCAAUCAUGUCAUUCAUAAGUUGAUAACCUGAUUGACUUAUGUUUUUGAAUUAUCUUUCAACCCAUUAAUCUGCACAGUGGGCCUGGCCAUUUUGAUAUUUGUAUCAUAUCAUAGCAUAUCUAUUUAUUUAUCAUUCGUAGACCGUUAGUUACAUAAGUAAGUUUAGUUGUACAUUCUGUUGGCCUACCCCAUUAGGCCAGCGCGCACAUCUAUAGACACGGUAUCUACACUGUUCGUUACCACACGAGCGCUGCGAUGGAUGACAUGGGAGUGACAGGUAUACGACCUGUCACCGGGUGAGUCUACGAAGAGAUGACAAAAACGAACUGUGUUAUGCAGAUGUGUAGUGAUAAAUAUCUCCCUAAAAUUAGCUUAUUUCUAUUAUGCCCCUUGAAUUAGAACCUAAAAUAAGUGAAUUUUAAAUACUAUUUUCCCCAUCCAUAAUUUCAACGCUGAAUUGGUAAGAUUAGUUCCGUUAAAAGUGCUUUACAUCAGUUCUAAUAUUGACUUGUAUUAGGUAACCUAAAUCACACAACAUCUCCCUCCCAUUGAAUUUCGCCCAGAGCAACCAAAUCACUAUCGAUCCCGGUAAGAUAAACUAUAGAACAUCUUCCAAAACAUGUAACUGAAUUAUCUUACAAUUAAUAGAUCUGUAACAAAACUCGUCUAGAUCACGACACAUAAGGGAACUAAACGUAAGUAAAAAUGAUAAUCAAUUUAAUUCACUGUUACCAUAUAUUGGACUGCCUGUAUGUUGCUAGACAGGGGUUCACAAAUCAAUCUUCACGUAGCAUUUGUUCAAUAUUGUUAGUUAUUCCUAAAAUCGAAUGAUUGUAAUUCUAAGAUGAUCCGUAUUUCCCUUUAGGAAAAUUAUAUUCUCUACGUUAUUACCACAAACCGGAUCGCGUGUUCUUAUUUCACUUCCGGUGGAGAAUCAUAAUUCCGGAAAAUCCCUCACGUUGGACCAAAUCCAACAACAUAUAAUUUUCGUUUAUUGGCGAGUCGAGCGUGAUGCCUAGUCGCGGUGUUAUCAAAUCGGGUGCGAAGGGUGAUAAGGGUGCGCGGCCGAAGGAAAUAUCAGUGAGUGGUCAUAGUGCUGAUGGUGGUGGUGGAAACGAUGACAUACCGGAAGUGGUGAUUAUGGAGGAUACUGUGGAAGGACAUACGUGCAAGACGUGUCGAGGACCGGAUUCUGAGCAUAUGGUUCAAUGUGACAGAUGCGAUGGAUGGUACCAUUUCUCCUGUGUGGGCGUAUCGGAAGAAGUUGCUGACAAGAGCUGGAGUUGCACUAACUGCGUUACCGCGAAUUGGGUCCAGCGAACUAAGACAGCUUUGGAAGAAAGUGCCAGACAAGGAAACGAGAACCACGAUCGAAGGUCAACUAGAAGCCAGCCAGUUGGAAACAUCGCGACAAGCACCCGCGUCAACCCAGUGAUUCCUUCAACGGUAUUCCAGAAGCCAACUUCAUCUGAGCCAGUUCCAGCCUACAGCGGUGGUGGUCAAAUAGCUGUGCCGGGUGCAGCAGCCGAACAAGCCAAGCCUGACCGACAGCAGCAGCAAUCAGCACUGUCAGCUGGUGGUAUCGAUGCAAGAAAAGUAGUUCCAUUACGAGAAACAGAAAAAGCACUGUCAGAGAUUUCCGUCUCUUCGUCGCAGAAGUCUGCAGUGCAGCGCGCAAAGUUACAGUUAAUGCGACUGGAGGAAGAGCGACAGUUUCAGCAGCAGCAAGAAGAACGUCGACGAGCUUUGGAAGAGCGAGCAGCGCAGGAGCAUCAACAGUAUUUGGAGAGGAAGUAUCGCCUGCUGGAAGAAGUCGUGAGCGAGAAGGGAAGUCGGAGUCGCAGCGAGGCUUCGAGUCGGAUCAACGAUUGGGUUAAAGAGGCUAGCCAAGUACAACGGACAAUCAUGCCAGAGGUGGAUAGUUCCAACGUGGGGCGUCGUCAAGCUCCUCGAAGUGGCGUAGAACCAGCCCAAGCUAUUGAGCAGUUCGGGGAACCUCGUAUUCGAUUUGAGGCCAGUGCCAACACGGGACCUUUCAAUGCGCAGGCUGGUCAGCGAUCCAGUCAUUGCCCUCAGAUUCAGCAGUCAGAUCCUGAAUUUGCCAGUCACUACAGACAGACAGGACAAACGAUGCCGAUGCAUCCUUCCGGCCAGCAAGUCGGAAUAUCCUCGAGAUACCCUCAGUCAAGUUUCAUACCAGCGCCAGCUACGUUCAAUACCAACAGGAGAGUCAUAUCGCAACAAUCUGCGAUUCUCAGGCCCCCCUUCAACUCUACUUCCUUCGACGGACAAGUAUUGGCUCCACCGGCGUGUUCUACUGGUUUUCACCCUCGGAAUCCUCGGGAUAGUGUCUGUGCAUCAAACCACGGAAUGUACGACGACGAGUUCCAGCUCUCACGCUCGCAAGUGGCAGCCAGACAAGCAGUUCCACGAGAUCUACCGCCGUUUAAUGGGAAUCCGGAGGAGUGGCCAGUGUUCCUGUCGAUGUACAACCGUACGACCGCGAUGUGUGGAUUUACCGACGAGGAAAACAUAGUCCGACUGCAGAAGAGCCUGAAAGGCAAAGCCUACGAGGCCGUCAAGAGCCGUCUGAUACAUCCAGAAAAUGUUCCGGGCAUACUGUCUACCUUAAAGAUGCUUUUCGGACAACCCGAAGUCAUCGUCCAAUCGCUAAUUGAAAAAGUUAGCUCUCUACCAGCAAUUCGUGAAGAAAGGCUAGACACUCUGGUCGAUUUCGCUGUACACGUGCAAAACUUUUGCGCUACAGUAGACGCCUGCGGACUGCAGGAGUACAUGUACAACAUCUCGCUCCUUCAUCAGUUGGUUGGCAAGCUACCUCCCUCGCUUAAACUCAAUUGGGCGCAGCAUCGACUAACGGUGCAAACGGUCAACCUGGCGACCUUCAGUGGGUGGAUCUACGCACUAGCGGAGGCCGCAAGCGUCGUUACUUUUCCGUCACCAGCUCAUCUCGAAAAAUCUGCCCGAACUGAAACUCGAGGCACCAAGAAAGGAAAUGGGUAUCUCAACGCCCAUUCCGAGACUCCGUCCGAAGAUUGCAACGAGAUUCCUUCAACGAACCAUAUCGCAGAAAACCGAACGCCGCUGAGACCAGUUUGUCCAAUCUGUAAAGAGAAUUGCAAAUCCGCUGAUAAGUGCAAACGAUUCUUGGAGCUCUCCAGAGACUCACGAUGGGCCGCUGUAAGAGAAUUCGGAUUUUGCCGUACCUGUCUCCGAGUGCAUAAGGGAAGCUGCUUUGCCAAACCAUGUGGCAGAAACGCAGGGUGUCCAUCCAUCCGGGAAAUACGGGAAAACCGGGAAAAAACCGGGAAUUCGAAACCACCGGGAAAAAUACGGGAAAAACACGGGAAAUUGUAAAAGGCACCGGGAAAAAUCUUUAUGGUGUCUGUCUGUACUUCAUCAGUGUCAAGAAAGUCUUGAAUAUAAUAAUAGCAACAUUAACAGAGUUGCCGGUUGAAUAUUUUUUUUAGAAAGGCAGCCUCUCAGGAAUUUUAGUAGUUUCUGAUGAAUCUUCAUAAAUUCAUGUAAAAGAAAUCUGAGUAUACUUCUUAGGCGAAAUCAUCAGAUUUCUGCAAGAUUUCACGAUGCACU